AUGGCCUCCAUCGACCAGAAGCCUCUUUCGGGACUGGCUUUAUACUCCCGGUUCGCCUUUGCAGGAGCGGUGUGUUGCAGUGUCACACAUGGAGCUGUCACUCCUCUUGAUGUCGUCAAGACCCGUAUCCAGCUGGACCCGGCCACCUACAACCGUGGCAUGAUCGGUGGCUUCAAGCAGGUCAUCCAGAACGAGGGUGCUGGCGCUCUCCUGACUGGUUUCGGUCCUACCGCUGCCGGUUACUUCCUCCAGGGUGCCUUCAAGUUCGGUGGCUACGAAUUCUUCAAGCAGCAGUCCAUCAACUACCUGGGCUACGAGACCGCUGCCAACAACCGCACUGUCGUCUACCUCGCCUCCUCUGCCUGCGCCGAGUUCAUGGCUGAUAUCGCGCUCUGCCCUCUCGAGGCCACCCGUAUCCGUCUGGUGUCUCAGCCCACCUUCGCCAGCGGUCUUCUGAGCGGCUUCAGCAAGAUCGCGUCCCAGGAGGGCAUUGGUGCUUUCUACUCUGGAUUCGGUCCCAUUCUGUUCAAGCAGGUCCCCUACACCAUGGCCAAGUUCGUCGUCUUCGAGAAGGUCUCCGAGAUGAUCUACGGCCAGGUUGACAAGAACAACCUCUCUGAUGGUCAGAAGACCGGUAUCAACCUGGGCUCUGGUCUCGUCGCCGGUCUCGCUGCCGCCAUUGUGUCGCAGCCUGCCGACACCAUGCUCUCCAAGAUCAACAAGACCCAGGGUCUCCCCGGUGAGGGCACCAUCUCCCGCCUGGUCAAGAUCGGCAAGGAGCUUGGCCUCCGUGGCUCGUACUCCGGCAUUGGCGCCCGUCUCUUCAUGGUUGGCUCCCUUACUGCCGGUCAAUUCGCCAUCUACGGUGACAUCAAGCGUGUUCUUGGUGCUACCGGCGGUGUUGAGAUUGGCAAAUAG